UUGCUUCCCCUUCCAAGGUUCUGGGGUGCCCUCCACGAGCUCGGCGUUCUCACGCUCUUCCGUUUCCUGUCUAACCAAAAUGAAGAUCGGACUUUGUGCGUACAGUGGGUACAAAAUCUACCCUGGCCAUGGCAAAACCAUGGUCAAAGUUGAUGGGAAGACGUUCACUUUCCUCAACUCAAAAUGUGAGGCUGCCCAUCUGAUGAGGCGUAACCCUAGGAAGGUCACAUGGACUGUGCUUUACCGCCGCAAGCACAAAAAAGGUCAAGAAGAAGAGCAAGCCAAGAAGAGGACACGUCGUACCCAGAAAUUCCAGCGUGCGAUUGUGGGUGCCUCUCUAACAGACAUUAUGGCUAAGCGUAAUAUGAAGCCAGAGAUUAGAAAAGCUCAGCGCGAGCAGGCUAUCAAAGUUGCAAAGGAGCAAAAGAAAGCUGCAAAAGCAACAAAGAAAGCAGCAGCACCACCUAAGGCCAAGGCUGCACCUAAGCAGAAAGCAGCCAAAGUUCAGCAGAAGGCUGCUCCUCGUGUUGGAGGGAAACGUUAAAUUGUAACUUAUUAAUAAAGGACUUGCUGCUUUCAA